GCAAAGUAAAACUGUGUGAGUCUGAAAUCCGAAAUGGAGUCACUGACGUGGACACUGUUUGUAGUGUUGACAGUAGCCACCGUGGUGGUGGUCCUUGGAAGCAGGAAAAAGAAGAGUAAAUCAAGUAAAAAGCUUCCACCGGGACCCAGAGGUGUUCCGGUGAUCGGAAACCUUCUGGAGCUGGGAAAGAAGCCGCACCACUCGCUGGCGAGGCUUUCGGAGGCCCACGGGCCUAUAAUGAGGCUGCAGUUGGGGCGAGUGACGACGGUGGUGAUAUCUUCAUGCGAGAUGGCCCGAGAAGUGCUCCAAACGCACGACCUCUUGCUCUCCAACAGAACCGUUCCCGAUGCCUUGUCGGUGCUAAACCACAACCAGUAUAGCUUGUCCUUCAUGCGCGUCUCACCACGCUGGCGCGACCUCAGAAAGAUUUGCAAUAACCAAUUGUUCGCAAACAAGACGCUUGAGGCCAGCCAGGACCUCAGGCGCAACAAGUUGCAGGAGCUUCUUGGUGACAUGAAGAAAGCAAGCGAAGUUGGAGAAGCAGUGGACAUCGGAAGAGCGGCAUUCAAGACAACAGUGAACUUGCUGUCGAACACGUUCUUCUCUGUGGAUUUCGUGCACUCCGCAGAGGAGGCAGGAGAGUACAAGGAGAUCGUCGUCAGCAUUCUCAAGGAGGUUGGGGCGCCCAACGUCUCCGACUUCUUCCCCGCCUUGAGGUUCCUCGACUUGCAGGGCAUCAGGCGCCGCUCCGUCGUCUCCGUCAAGAAGGUCCUCACCAUCUUCCGCCGCUUCGUCGCCCAGAGGAUGGCCACCAGAGAAGGCACCGGCUCUAACAACAACGACGAUCUGCUCGAUGCUUUGCUUAAUAUUUCUCAGGACAAUGGCAAGAUAGAGAUGGACAAGGAUGAGAUUGAACACUUGUUGAUGAACAUCUUUGUCGCAGGGACCGACACAACAACAUACACACUAGAAUGGGCCAUGGCGGAGCUACUUCACAAUCCAAAGAUGAUGUCAAAAGUCCAGAAGGAGCUAGAGGAAGUAGUUGGGAAAGGAAAGGCAGUAGAAGAAACAGACAUUGGAAAGUUACCAUACUUGGAAGCAGUGAUAAAAGAGACGUUCCGCGUGCACCCUCCAGUGCCACUUCUACUCCCGCGCAAGGCCGAAAGCGACGUGGAAAUCGGAGGGUACACGAUCCCAAAGGACGCGCAGGUGCUGGUGAACGCGUGGGUGAUCGGAAGAGACCCGAAGAAGUGGAAGAACCCGAGCGUGUUUGCGCCAGAGAGGUUCUUGGAGAUGGAGAGUGAAAUCGACGUUAAGGGACACCACUUUGAGCUGAUACCGUUUGGGUCUGGGCGAAGGAUUUGCCCUGGGUUGCCUCUGGCUAGUAGGAUGUUGCCGUUGAUGUUGGGGUCGUUGCUGAAUUGCUUUGGGUGGAGAGUUGAAGAGGGGAUGAAGCUGGAUGAGUUGGACAAGGAAGACGAGUAUGGGAUCACGUUGGAAAAGUCUCAGCCAGUUAGGAUUGUUCCAGUCAAGUUGAGUGAUUGAGACACCAAUAAUAAUAAUAAUAGCAUGGAAUAAUAGUAUGCAUGCUUGGAAUUUUA